GGACACGUCGAGCCGGGCAGUAGUGGCGGGGGCUUGGGAGAAGUCCAGACCGGGUUAGAGGUCCAGUUCUGAGAGGAAGACUCAAGCGGCGGGGCUUGCCCUGGGAAGACUUUUCCGCUGAAUCUCAUCUUUUUCUGGAAAACUGGAUCCUUCCGACCAUAUAGGGAUGAACCAUAUGGGGGUGCACCAUAUGGGAAUGAACCAUAUGGGGAUGAACCACACGGACAACAACACUACCAUGCCGCCUCACCAUCACCCGACCACCUCAGCCUCACACUCCCACGGUGGAGGGGACAGCAUGAUGAUGAUGAUGCCUAUGACCUUCUACUUUGGCUUUAAGAAUGUGGACCUAUUGUUUUCCGGUUUGGUAAUCAACACACCUGGAGAAAUGGCUGGAGCUUUCGUGGCAGUGUUUUUACUAGCAAUGUUUUAUGAAGGACUCAAGAUAGCCCGAGAGGGUCUGCUUCGAAAGUCUCAAGUCAGCAUUCGCUACAAUUCCAUGCCUGUCCCGGGACCAAAUGGAACCAUCCUUAUGGAAACACACAAAACUGUUGGGCAGCAGAUGCUGAGCUUCCCCCACCUCCUGCAGACCGUGCUGCACGUCAUCCAGGUAGUCAUCAGCUACUUCCUCAUGCUCAUCUUCAUGACCUACAAUGGGUACCUAUGCAUUGCAGUAGCAGCAGGGGCUGGGACAGGAUACUUCCUCUUCAGCUGGAAGAAGGCAGUGGUGGUGGACAUCACAGAGCACUGUCAUUAACAUCAGACUCCACAUAUGGCCUUAUUAGUUGCUGUAGGAAGCAUCUUGGGACUGGAAGAUAUGAUUCCUUUUCCAAUCAUCCCUUCUCUCUUCUCUUUAUACACAAACACCUACUGAAUAGAAGCCUAGCCGACAGUCUCCGAGUAGUGGUUUUUCUAAUAAGAUGAAAUUGACUUUUCUCUUGAGAAGUCACCAGUGAGAUGUCUUCUCCCUCAUCAUCCUGAGCCUUAUCUAAUCCAGGUAGCUUCCUAGUUAAUAAUGACUUGGUUAUCUGCUUCUUUUUACUUUUCUGGGGUUUUUUUUUUGG